AUGAAGGAAGCACCACGAGGCUGGUCUUUCGGAGGGGCGACAGCGCCCCGUGGACUCAGGACGCCGUGCAAUCUGACGAACGAGGACGAGGCCAGCCUCCCGGAGGAACUGCAGCGCCCCCUGGACUCAGGUGCUGUGCAAUCUACGAACGAAGACGAGGCCAGACUCCCGGAGGAACUGCAGCGCCCCCUGGACCCAGGCGCCGUGCAGUGUGAGGACGAGGACGAAAACAACCUCCUGGAGGAGCCGCAGUGCCCCCUGGAUUCGGACUGCUGCGGCAACGGCUGCUCACCCUGCGUGUUCGACCUGUAUGAGCGUGACCUGGCCGUGUGGCGUUGCCGCCGUGAGCAGGCUCGCCUCGGCCCCGCCCUCACGCCAUCCGGCCCCAGCGCCGCCGCCCUCAGCCCGGACCACUACACGGCCCUGCCGCUGCUGGAUGUCACGCCUGUGUCGGACGACGCUGCCGUGUACCGGUUCGCGCUGCCGACCGGCACGGCACUGUGCCUGCGUCCCGGGCAGCACCUCGUGCUGCGCGAGCACGACGCCGCCGGCAGACCACUGACGAGGCCCUACACGCCUGUCUCGCCGCGCGACGCCGCCGGCUACUUCGACGUCUACAUCCGCCGGUACGCCGACGGCGCGGCAUCGGCAUGCGUGCGCCGCUGGCGGCCGGGCUUGCACGUGCGGUGGCGCGGCCCGUUCGGCGAGUUCCAACCGCGCGCUGGCGACGCGCGCCUCGUGCUGCUCGCUGCCGGCACGGGCGUGGCGCCGUUUGUUGCGCUGGUGCGCGCCGUGCUGGCCGACGAGGCGGACGAGACGCGGCUGGUGCUGCUGCUGGCCGUGCGCCGACUGCGGGACGUGUUCCCGCGGGACGAGCUGGCGGAGUUUGCGCGCGCCUGGAACUUCACAUACACGCUGUUUGUGAGCGGCGGGGAGGAGGAUUCGGCGCGGUACGGCGAGCCGGUCCGGUGGCGCCGCCCCGGCUCGCAGGACGUGCAGGAGGUGAUGCGGCAGAUGGCGCUGAAGACGCGCUAUCUCGUAUGCGGCACACGGUCGUUCGAGAAGGAUAUGCUGAACUACUUGGGAGCAGCAGGCGUGCAGGAUGAUGAUAUAUUCAGGUUUUGAAGUAUAUGACAGCUAAUAUGUUAUGUGGUUGCCAUAGAAAUUGAUAUGAUCAGAUUUUCAGAUGAAUAACCAGAGUGUUUGGGAAUGUUUAGUAUUGUCAUUAUUGAAUUUUGAUGCAUUCAGUUCGCUCAGGGGUGCAUUUUGUGUCUGUUGGUGCAAGCUAUCAUUGGUCAGACAAGACACAGUUGCUCACGGUUUGAUGGAACCGUCGGUGUCUUAUGAAAGACAGGCAGGUGAGCUGCAUUUGGAAUAUGUAAGUGAUGGUAAAUGUUACGUUAAUACGUCCCGCGACUUACACGCUUGUAAUGUUACGGAAAGCUUAUUCAGGUCACAUCGUACAAAAUGUUGGCCGUGCAAUUGAAGUGUCAUUGCUGAGGUGAUAGGAGUGGUGAUAAUGAAAUGGCAAGCGAAUGAAUGCGUGUCGGAGAUGUUGGCAGUCUGGCCAAAGAUACCGCGCAGUUGUUGAAUUUUAAUGAUAUUUCUUAAAGCUAACUUUAACUGCAAUUUUAAUUGCAAAUGGGUGUAGCGAGUAAACGUAACGGAAUGCGCUUCGGGCAGUCUGACCGCCUAUAUAGAAUCAGAUUCAGUGACAACACGAUUGGCUGAAGCGACAACAGAGCCGGGAAAUACCGUGGACGUCGUCGUUUUUGAGUGCUACGUGCAGAACCUGUUUCGACUAAAUUCUUACUUAGAUGACUGAAAUUCGGAGACUGAACGCAGGAAUCUUGCCUUUGAAAAGCCGGGUAAACUGUAUUUAACGUUUUAAAACUAUUGUGCCUUUCUUUGCACAAUGUAUGACCAUCGCCGUUGUUCAUUUGCAGCGCACGAGGGGCAACAUCACCCGACACAAAACCUUAGUUCGUUGAGUGGUGGUGCUUUUUCAGUCUGACGGAGAUAAGCCAGUACCCCGGCGUCUUGUGUGAGCUCCCCGAUCAACGUCUGGAGCUCUAAAUAGCCGGAUCGGGAGAUCUUAACGGGUAGAUGCGAGCUGCGAACUUCACGUUGGUCCUGGCUGUUGCAGUUUCUCGUGAUGCGGUCGGUGCGAGAUACCGCAGCGCUGGUUACCUUAGUUCUCAUCUGAUAUUUCUUAUCAGUCACAUGCAUUGACUUUAAGCCGGAAAGUGCAAAGCUCGUGGCGGAAAGCGAACGGUGCUGAAAGCACUCGCAGACCUGUUGUCUGCAGCAAUUCGCCCAUGACCUUGCGGUCAGUCAUGGCUGCUUAAUGCUGUGGAAUAAAUUGACUGAUACAAACAAGAAAGGCCUUGAGCUCUAGUUUGUCAGCAGUAUGAGCUUAGAGCCUUUAUUUUGACAGUAUUGGACAUCCGUGGUGCCAGGAGGUACUGGUUAAACGACGCUAUCAAACAAACUGGCUGUCUUGACAGGAAUCGGUGCGAUGUACGAGAGAAAGGCCAUCACCUCAUCGUUUAUCGGCAUUUUGAAUUCAGAGUUCUUAUGCUGAGGCACGCAUUACGUUCUUCACAUGACUUCAUUGCUCGCAGAGUUAAUUGAAUACAGAUGAA